AUGCCUCCUUCCAUCGUGCUGCUCUUUUCUCUCAUCGUUACUGCCACAGCCAAGUUCAGUAUUAGUGAGCUUAGAACACUCUGCCCAAAGGAGAAAGAAGUUUGCGCUGGAAAGGUGGCUAAGGGUGAUUGUUUUGGUUCCUCAUUGAGAGCCGGCGUUUUGCAAAAAGAAUGUAAAUGCUCAUGUGAUGCAGUACAUCAUGCAAGAAUACAGAAAUGCUGUCGAACCGUGGGUGAUCACGAUAUGAAGUUUUGUCUACCACUCUGUAGAUACAAUACAUCAUCAGAAGAACUUGGAUCUUCACUUGGUCUCAAAUGUUUGUCACAGCUGACUACUUGGGCUUACUGUGCGGCUGACGCUACCGAUCAGACGGCUUGUUGCAAGAAAAGAGGUGUGAUAAAUGAGUGCUUAUCGUUCUGCAAAGGAGAUGUGCCAACAUGUGAUUCGCAGUCGAUUAUGAACUAUCAGCCAUGCACUCAGCAUAUGAAUUCGAUCAUUCAAUGUCAAAAGGAUGGACUUACACCCACGCCAAGGUACAACCCGAACUGGUCCUCUGUCUGCGAUUGGGAAGGAAGAUAA